CAUUCCACUCACUCAACUCAUAGAGCCACUGUACAAGUAUGAUACCACAAGGUCAACAGCGUUUGAAAAGUCGCUCUUCUGAUGUUUGCUAAAUAAUACGUGUGUGGAGCAGUCAUGGAGUCUGACGCUCAGAAGGAGAGACUUCGCCAGCUCUUCCACGCCUGUGAUGUGGAUCAGUCAGGACGCAUCGAAAAAUGGGAGUUUGUCAAAAUAUGUUCCGAGCUGCACGUCCGGUCCACAGAGGUAGAUGCGCUUUUCUCCAGACUUGACUCCGACCAAGACGGCACGAUCAAUCUGGAGGAGUUUAUCGACGGGUUUCAGGAGUCACACUUCUUGACGGACGAGGAGAUGAGCAGCGAACACGCCGGGGAAAGUUUCUCCGCCGCCUGGGAGGACUUUAAAUCCCGCCUGGGGGAUCAGCUCAAAUUCAUUCCCAGGAAUGAUCAGAUAUCAACUCUGUACCAGAACAUAAGUUUGACGGAGCCCAGAAUUGUCCCUCAGUAUGAAAGAGUUCUUCUCAGUUUCAUCAAAGAGAUCCGAAUACUGAACACAGAAAUGGAGCAUCUGGCACUUGCUGUGAAAAGAGCUCAGGAUCAGACAGCUAUACAGCUGAGUGAGAUGGAGGAAGAGAUGGAUCACCGCAUCCAGACCGCAGAGAGAAACGCACGUCUACAGGAGACUAAAAAAGCUGAGGCGACUCUGAGCAGCAUGAAACACCAGUAUGAGUCUCAGAUAUGUGAACUUCAGCAGAAGAUACAGACUCUGCAGAUGAUUGAAAAUCAAAACAAGAGUGUCAGCCUUAAAGAGGAAACGUCAGCACUGAAACGACAGAACAACGAGCUGUUGCUGCAAAACCAGAAGUUGAAACAGGAGCUUUUGGAGUCCCAAACUAAUAUUGCGUUCUUGCAGAGUGAGCUGGACUCUCUGAAGAGUGAUCUUACAGACCAAAGCAUCAACUUUGAACGAGAUGAGGCUCUUAUGAAGUGUUUCUCUGAGGAGAGAGGUAACCUGGAGAGACAGAUCGAGGUGCUACAGGCGGCGAACAGAAAGCUCCACGACAGUAAUGACAGUCUGCGAGCGGUGCUGGAGAACAGUCAGAGCAAGAGUAAGACUCAGGACAGACGUGAUGUUUCUCUCUUACACCGUGUUAGUGGGAUGUCACCUGGAGUUUACAUGAGCACAAGAAAGAAUGUCUGUUCUUCUUAUUUUGAUCGGUGCUGUAACACGUGCGUGGAUGAGGACUUUGAUCAGUUCGGACUGAUGGAGGAUCUGCACAGACCGAGGAGUGAUUCUUUGGCUCUGGCCCUGUGCGACCCCAUGCGCAGACGCAGCUGUGAGGAAGACAGUCUCCCCGACAGCUGCGUGGACAGCGGCAUGUCUACCCUGCGCUCAAACAACGGCUACGAUUACGAGCACGAGAGAACUUCCUGUCCGAGUCCAGUGCAAGCAGCGGACACCAACACCACUGUGUCUGGAGACACUUCGGAUACAGAGGUUAUGGAAGUGCGAGAAGAGGAAGCGAUCGGGUCGGACAGUGAAUCCGUUCUGAGCUGGACUCCAUCACAACCUGCUCAGAAAAGCGAUGUUACUGCUUCAGGGAAGAAAUGCCUCUCUGCUAUCUUCACAGAGAAAGAGGAGGAUGUGUUGGCAGUGACUCAGCCUCCAUCAGAGAAAGCUUACAGGAUUGUGCUGGCGGGAGACGCAGCGGUGGGGAAGUCUAGUUUCCUCCUUCGCCUCUGUAAGAACGAGUUCAAAGGCAACACUAGCGCCACACUGGGAGUUGAUUUCCAGAUGAAAACUUUGGUGGUGGAUGGUGUUCCAACAGUGCUUCAGUUAUGGGACACAGCUGGACAGGAGAGGUUUCGGAGCAUUGCCAAGUCUUACUUCAGGAGGGCAGAUGGAGUUCUCCUACUGUAUGACGUCACAUGUGAGAAGAGCUUUCUGAAUGUGCGCGAAUGGGUCGACAUCAUUGAGGAUGUGUCCCAGGAUGACAUUCCCAUCAUGCUUGUGGGGAAUAAGACAGACAUGAGAAAGGAAGCUAUUCUGAAUGGAGUUACCUGUAUUCCAACCAGCUAUGGAGAGAAACUGGCCAUGACAUACAGUGCCUUAUUUUGUGAGACGAGUGCAAAGGAUGGAUCCAACAUCAUUGAGGCUGUUCUUCAUUUAGCCCGAGAGGUGACGAAGCACGCUGAUGAACACAAGGAGCCCGUAUCAGUGGCCAAACUGUCUGGAAAUCACAGCAAGAAGAUGUCCAACCCAAACUGCUGCAUGGGCUGAUGCGUGUUGACGUCACAUGACCAACUGACAGCCUGUGUGCAGGUACAAUGCAAGGCUUCUGCACACAGCAAAUUGAAUAUUUAACUAUUCAACUAUUUAUUCAAGUCACGUUGGAUGGGAAAUGUUGUUUAAGAAAUUCAACUGCGUAUUGUCCUCAGGACUAUCUCUGAUGUUUUGCAACGCUGAGUCGCUUGUUGAAGCAAAUCACUGUGAGUCAUGCGAUGCCUUUAACAGACCUGAAUUUCACAGCUUCUGGAUUACAGACAAUUUCUAGUAGCUUAUGGAGUGAACAGAGUUCAGUAUGCUGCACCUUGCCUCUAUUUAUUACAUGAAAAUCCCUUAGCUAAAGUGAACAGGAAUAAUUGAUCUGUAAUGUGUUACAGGGUCAUUGAAAAGUGUGAGUGUGUGUGUGUGUGUGUGUGUGUGUGUGUGUAGAAUGUGAAAGUUGAUUGAUUGAUAAUGUAAAAAAUUCUGUUUGUCAGGUAGAAUUAGACAUUCUAGAAGUAGAACUCGAAACAAAUGACAGAAUUUGUUUAAUGAGAACUGGAAGUUGAUGCUUAAUGCAAAGCAUUUAUUUUUGGCUUGUAGCUUAAUAUUAAAAAUAAAUAUAUAUAUUAAUAAAUAAAUAUAUUUUUGCUCAGUGCU